AUGGUUUACGAUGUGGCCAUUGUUGGCUCAGGCCCCUGCGGCCUGGCUGUGGCAGCUCGGUUGCGAGACGCCACUCCUUCUGCGCUCUUUACCGACGACAAGAAUUCCAGAUACUGGCGGAGAUUCAAUCAGCGCGAGGCGAUUGAAAACGAACAUAAGUCCCAGCGAAGGGCGACUCAGUCGAACCGGAACGACAUGCCUCCCUCUUCCAGAUCGAUCAUUGUGCUUGAUGCUCUUUCCGACGAGUGGAUGUCCGCAUGGCAAGAGAGAUUCCGCAGGUUGCAGAUCGACCACCUUCGAAGUCCGCUGUUCUUCCACCCGGAUCCGAGAGACAGAGAUUCUCUCUUAGCCUUUUCACAUCUCCACUGCCGGACGGACGAGUUGCAAGAAAUCCCCAACGUGGCCGGCAAAGAAAUCAGUAAAGCACCGAGCCAAGAAGAAGCAAACACGCUCCACCUCCGCAUUGACGACCGAGACCGAAUAGACUAUUUCACGCCUUCGGCUGCGCUCUUCCAUGAUUUUUGCGACGACAUUGUGGACAGAUACGGGCUUCGGAGCCUAGUCGUGCGAGCAAAAGUCGAAAAUAUCGAGUACGGCGAUCUGGGCGGGUUGAUUAGCUCCGAAGGAUUUACCUUGACCACCAACCAGGGGGCAAUAUUCUCCAGGAUCGUGGUUCUCGCCGUCGGACCUGGCUGCAAGCCUUGCAUUCCCAUCGACAGCAACCUCCAGCCGGGCGCGGAGCCGGGAAGCGUUUGCCACUGCUUCGACACUGUAGGCGAGCACUGCCUUCCGGAGCAUGUUCUACAGAAGAUCGAUCAAGGACUACCAACCUCGGUCGUGGUGGUUGGGGGUGGCCUUACGAGCGCUCAAAUUACCGAUCUCAUCAUUUGUCGUGGCGUCACCAAUGUGUGGCUGCUUGUCAGGGGAAAUUACAAGUUGAAGCAUUUCGACGUCGACCUUGAAUGGGUGUCGAAGGUGCGCAAUGAGCAAAUGUCGGUUUUCUGGUCGGCUGAUAGUGAUCAAGAGCGCUUCGAGCUGCUCAAGGAAGCUCGAAAUGGGGGCAGUAUAACACCCAAGUUCGACAGGAUUCUUGAAAGGCACAUUGUCAAUGGUCGUCUGGCUAUCAUGACCCACACGUGUAUUGAAAAUGGGAUCUGGUGCGGUGAGAGCCGGACAUGGUCGAUCGAACUGUCGCCAGCAUCAGAGAAGGCCCCGCUGUGUGCUGAUCACAUCAUAUAUGCUACAGGAGCACCUGCGAACAUCAAGAAAGUGUCCUGUAUGCAGCAAAUGCUGGAUGAAUAUCCCGUUGAGUCUAUCAACGGACUACCUAGACUUACCGACGACUUGAUGUGUGGCACAAAGAUGUCGCUUUGUUCUUAA